GGGGCGAAGCGGGGCAGCUGGGCCGCCAUGUUGGCGGUGGCUUCAUAUUUAUGAGGUUUUCUCGGGAGGCAGCGGCCGAGUAGUUUCCGAGCGGAUUCCAGUGGUGGGGGAAAAAAAAGAGAUCAGGAACAAGUCAGUCGUGACGGAGGGGUGGGGUAGCCGUCGGCCGUGAGGAGAUGAAAGAAAUGUCAGCACUUUUGAUGUCCAAUGGCGGAGUUCUGUCUCCCGAAUCUUUGACUGCACUACUAAACUCAGGCAACACUGUUAUGCUGGGGCCUCAGCCUCAGCAGACCCAGAAGCAUUAUGGGAUCACUUCUCCAAUUAGUCUCGCCUAUCCCAAGGAUGUAGAUGAUAUUUCUACUCAGAGGUUGAUUGAAGCUUUGAAACCAUUUGGAGUGUUUGAAGAGGAAGAAGAAUUAAACCACAGAUUAGUUGUUUUGGGAAAAUUAAACAAUUUGGUUAAAGAAUGGAUAGCAGAGAUCAGCGAAACAAAGAAUCUACCACCAUCAGUUAUAGUAAAUGUUGGUGGGAAGAUAUUUACGUUUGGCUCAUACCGACUAGGAGUGCAUACAAAAGGUGCUGAUAUUGAUGCGCUCUGUGUUGCUCCACGUCAUGUAGAAAGGAGUGACUUCUUUCAAUCCUUCUUUGAAAAGCUAAAGCAACAAGAAGGAAUCAAGGACCUGAGGGCAGUGGAGGAUGCAUAUGUUCCAGUUAUCAAAUUUGAACUCGAUAACAUUGAGAUUGAUCUCGUUUUUGCUAGGCUGGCUUUACAAACCAUUCCAGACAACUUGGACCUCAGAGAUGAUUCUCGAUUGAAGAACCUUGAUAUUCGAUGUAUACGAAGUUUGAAUGGUUGCAGAGUUACAGAUGAAAUUCUCCACUUAGUACCAAAUAAAGAGAAUUUCAGACUGACUCUUAGAGCCAUUAAACUGUGGGCAAAAAGGCGUGGAAUAUACUCUAAUAUGCUUGGAUUCCUUGGUGGUGUAUCAUGGGCUAUGCUUGUAGCGAGAACCUGUCAGUUGUACCCUAAUGCAGUUGCCUCCACUUUAGUCCACAAGUUUUUUCUAGUCUUUUCAAAAUGGGAGUGGCCAAAUCCAGUGUUGCUUAAACAACCAGAAGAUAGCAACUUGAAUCUGCCUGUUUGGGAUCCACGGGUAAACCCAUCUGACAGAUACCAUUUGAUGCCAAUAAUAACUCCUGCCUACCCACAGCAGAAUUCCACAUUUAACGUAUCCUCAUCAACUCGAACAAUAAUGGUAGAAGAAUUCAAGCAAGGUCUGGCCAUUACUGAUGAAAUUCUGCAAGGCAAGACAGACUGGUCUAAACUUUUUGAACCACCAAACUUCUUCCAAAAAUACAAGCACUACAUUGUAUUAACAGCAAGUGCAUCCACUGAAGAUCAUCACUUAGAAUGGGUUGGUCUUGUUGAAUCUAAAAUUCGUGUACUUGUUGGUAACCUUGAGCGAAAUGAUUACAUCACUCUUGCCCAUGUAAACCCUCAGUCAUUUCCUGGCUUAAAGGAACAGCAUAAUCUGGAUAAUUAUGUUACCAUCUGGUUUAUUGGGAUCAUUUUUAAGAAGGUGGAAAAUGCAGAAAGUGUGAACAUUGAUCUGACACAAGAUAUUCAGUUGUUCACUGACACAGUGUACAGACAAGCAAACAAUAUUAACAUGCUAAAGGAAAAAAUGAGGAUAGAAGCUACGCAUGUCAAAAAGAAGCAGCUUCAUCAGUAUUUGCCAGCUGAAUUGGUACAGAAGAAAAAGAAGCAAAGCAUACCUGACAUUAAUCGAAACUCUGCUGGAAGUGCCAGUAAUCUAAAUCGUACAUCUUUGGAAGGAAAUCCUUUGGAUAGUUCGAGAGACACUGAUGUUGGCACUCCAUUUGGUUCUCCUGUGACGUUGCAAAAGUCUUCCAAACCAAAUACUCCAGGAACAGGGGACUUGCAGGAAAACAGUGUUUCUCCAGUGAAAACGCAAAUUUCAGAUGUAACAAAACUAAUGCCUAAUGAAUGUGCUUCUCCAGAAACCCAGUUUUGCCAAGGGAAAUCUAUACCAGUUAUUGGUGCAAAGAAUGAUCUGGGUUCCACUGCAAAUCCCCCUCCUCCUCCUCAGGCAGUCUGUACCAUUCCCACUGUCGUUGGACGUAGUGUAAUUCCUCGCUUAACAUCUUCAAGUAACCAGCCACUGCCAAAUGGGACCAAGCUAAAUACUAGUCCAAACAGCUCAACUUCAAAAAGACCUCAUUCUCCUACAUUGGAAGAAUCUCCAAAGCGGAUGAAAGACCUCCAGUUGAUAUGUGCUAUUGAGCCAAAUGAUUCUGCAUUCAGUCAACCUCAUUCAUCAAAUGAAGAGGAUGGAUGGAAAUGUCAGAAAGAUGGACAGGAUAACCAUGAAGAAGUGAAAUCCAUGCCCAUUCCAACAAUUGACACAAGAUCACAGAGACUACCCAGCAAGGAACUGCCAGACGUAUCUUCUCCAGUCCCCACAAGCAGCAUACGAGUCAUAAAAAAUUCCAUCAGGCUAACCCUUAAUCGGUAACAACACUGUCUUGUCAGGUAAAUGUAAUUCUUGAACCAUUCUCACAUAUCAGUUGAAUUUUGUUAACAGUUACCCUGAAAUGAAAUUGGAAAACUGUAAUUAUUACCCUGACUUGGUGUUGAAGCCAAAAACUGGGUUGGCUAAGGCUACUCCACUAUAUCUUGCAGAGCAGAUACAAAUAGGAAGACCAGAAUUAUAUUUUGGCUUCCACUUCAAGACAUUUAUGUACUGAUUUGUCUCUGCUGGUUAACCACUGUCCAUGGACUUGAGGCCUUAAAAGAGAAAGGGAGGAAUAAAAAUCAAAGCCUUAAAUGGAUGGAAUAGCUUCCGGCCUCCUAGAUCAGCCAGUGUCUUUGGACACGUCUCUUUGAUGCCCUGAAUUAUGCAUUGCAUUCUAUGUGUGUAAAUACUUGUGAACAGCCUUUUAUUGAAAAAUCAGUAUUGCAUUGACAGUUCUCUUCAGAAGGCUGAAGUGUAAUUUUAAUAACUGUAAAAUAACAAAAAAAAACUUGUCCUGUGAUGUAUUUUUUGUUUCUUCCCCCUGCCCUUCCCUUCUCCCCAACACCCUAUUCCCUUCAUACCCUGGUCUAUGUUUUGUGUAUAUAACAAAAAAAAACAAAAAAAGUAGCCUAUUUUAGUUAACUGAUAUUUGGUUUUGAGCUUAAAAUCUUUACAGUUGCAGAUUUGCAUCACUUCAGGAAACAAUUUACAGACAACAGUUUUUGAUUACUUCUGUAUGCUAGUCACUGUUUCAGUGGCUAACACUGGCCAAUGACAAGUCUGCUGAUUUCCAGUGUAUGUGUAUGUAGCACUGCAUUUAAUUGUCCAGAGCAGAAUGAAAAGUUUAAUUGCCUAAAAAUGUCUGCUUUUUCUGCUGUAACUUUCAUUGUCAGUGAUAUACAUUUUCCAGUGCAUUCAGUUGAUUCUGUUUUGUAGACCUAAAAUCCAUAUGUAUUUGAAAGAAUAUUUUUGUAUUUACUGUAUCAAAAAGAACAAGAGUAAAAAAAAAGUUUGAAAACUU